AUGAAGAUUGAAGAUUAUAACUGGUGGAAAAAUCGGUUUGAGGGUUGGAUAAAAGCGUUUGCUCCUGAAAGUUGGUUAAAAUUAAAAUAUGGAUAUACAGAACCAGUAAAAGAGGGAGGAGAGUUAGUAAAUGAAAAAGAGUUCACAGAAAUAGAUGUUAAAAAUAUUGUUGCUGAAAACAAAAUGAUUACAUUGUUAAAACAGUCAGAAGAUUAUUACAAGAAAGCAAUUUAUCAUCAGAAAAAAUUUGAACCUCCUAGAUUGAAGCAGCCUGAAGAAAAAUCAAGAGCUCUGGCAGUUAUUCAUGACGAUGAAGGCUAUGACUGGAGUCAAGAUCUCCCUGAAGAAGAUGCAGUUGGAUAUGCAUUUGUAGCUAAUGUUGAUCAUGACAGAUGGUGGAGAAGAGAUUAUGCGAGAUGGGAAAUUGAAAAAUUCAGAGAAUCAUUCAAAGAAGCUACUUUCAACACAAGAAGGUUAUCUGAUAAAGAAUAUUUGCCGGAUUUGUUGAAUAAGAUAAAAGAAAUUUGUGAAGCGAGUCUACCAAAGGUGGUAGAAAUGAAGAAAAGGAAAGAAGAAGAGUUGAAAAAGAUGGUAGAAGAGGUGAAGGUUCUGGUAAAGAAUGAUGCUGAAGGAGAGCAGAAGAUUGAAGAAAAACAGAAAGAAGAAGAAGAAGAAGAGAAGAAGAAGAAAGAGGAAGAUCAGACAGAAAAACCGGUGCUAAAAGAGACUGAGUAA